UUUUAGUAGGGAUCUGAAUGCGUGUAUGCGAUAACGGGGUCAAGAGCGCAAUUCUUUCGAAAUGGACGACGUGUUGCUUAACUGGAGUUGCGAAUGUUUUUUAUCGUUUUCGGAGUGCGCAUUCCACCUACUAAAAGUCACCAUUGAAGGAAGAUAGCGAGCGAGGUGUUUGCUUUCAUUGUCCGCCGCACAGCGGUGUCUGCAUUCGUCCAGAAAGAGGAGACGGACGGCUGUUUUUACGGUGGAACGUGCAGCGAUGGUUGACGGCGUCUGGUCGUUCGUCGGAAACGAAAUUCUGAACUGGAACACAGCUGCCGUAUUGACGUGCACGUUUCUCUUAUGGGUCGUAUGGGAUUACUUUUACGAUGACCAUCGGAAACUUCCACCGGGUCCACGUGGCGUACCGCUUCUGGGCUACUUGCCCUUCUUGGGAGAAGAGCACGUCACCUACCGAGACUUGUCAGAAACUUACGGACCAAUCAUCAGCGUGAAACUCGGUCCCAAGCGAGUGGUGGUGCUCAAUAAUUUGGAGGUGAUCAAGGAAGGCUUGAACAAAAGAGAUGUACUGCAUCGACCAGCUUACUUCUUCCUGGCACGAUUAAAUAUUCAUGGAAUUAUUUCUUUGAACGGAGAUGCUUGGACCGACAAUCGUCGUUUCUGCCUCCAAGUGCUACGGGACCUGGGAUUUGGAAAGAGCAGCAUGGAGGAACGCAUCAGGGAAGAGUGCAAGUACCUGACUGACGUCAUAGCGUCCCACGGCGGCAACCCAAUAGACGUUGGGGCCUACCUCGCCCCGAGUGUGUCCAACAACAUCGCGUCCCUGGUGAUGGGUAGACGCUUCGACUUUGACCAUCCCAGGCGUCGGUUCAUGGAUCGCUGUUUAAAUAUUAUUCUCCACAACGCGGCCUUUUUCUCCGCCGUCGAUUUCUUUUACCUUCUGGGAGCCGCGCUACGAGCGGUGUCCUACUUUGCAGCAGGGAAAGUUAGUCGAACCGUCGAAGAACUCAAGGACUACUUCCGGCGAGAAAUAAAAGAGAACAAAGAAACCAUGAAGGAAAAUGAGGACCGACAUUUCAUCGACGGAUACCUGAAAAAAAUCGCUCAGAGCGGACAAGUCACGAAUUACAAUAAUCAGUAUCUGUUGGGCAACAUGAUCAACUUUUUCGGAGCUGGAACCAAUACGGUUCGCACAACCAUUCUGUGGCACUUGCUGAAUUGUGCCAGAUGCCCGCGAGAAGUUCAGGAGAAAAUUCAGAAGGAAAUUCAGGACGUCGUCGGCAACGAGCGGUUACCAUGCUGGGAAGACCGGCUCAAAAUGCCAUUUACGAUGGCCGUUAUCUGGGAAAUGUAUCGCUGGAGGACCAUCGCGCCGCUCAGUGUUGUCAGAGGUACUGCAGCGGAUACGGAAAUAGCGGGUUACACCAUUCCAGCAGGCACACCCAUACUGGCGAACCUUUGGGCUGUCCAUACGAAUCCUCUCGUGUGGGAUAAUCCCGAAGAGUUCAAUCCCUACAGACACCUCAGUGACGACGGUUCUAAGCUCCUGCCCAGGCACGAGCACAUUAUUCCGUUUAGUACAGGAAAACGCAUGUGUCCCGGAGAGACUUUCGCUACCGUCGAAGUGUUCCUUUACCUGACAACUCUCCUCCAGAAGUUCACGGUGAUGCCGGCAGAUGGCAACGAAAUUUCGAUGGUGCCUUGCAUGAGACUCGUCGCUGUUCCCGCUGUCAAACAGGCACUCCGGUUUCUACCGCGAUAAAGGAUGCGAAAUAAAUUUAAAUGGCAAAAUAAUAGGGAUGCUCAAACAUU